UAUGAUGUGAUGAGUUGGAAGGAAGAGAAGUAAUGAGCUGUUCCUUCCUUCUUCACCGCCUCAACAAUUCCUUCCACCAUAUUAUUAAUUAAACCUUCUCUUUUCAUUUUUCUUUCUCCUUCUCCUCUUAAUUCAUUUAAUUCUUUUAUCACAUUAUUAUUACUAUUUCUUUUCUCUCUUUCUCUUCAUUUUUUUAGGAGUUCUUCAUUUCUAAUUUUCCAGAUUUUGGUGGCACUCCUAACUGCUAAUUUGGAGCAGAUUCUGUGACAAAUAGUACUAUUAAAGAAGAGGUGUCACUUUGAAAAUAAAAAAUAUAAUAAUCUAUGGAGCCACUUCCAGAAUCCCCCAAGACUGGUGAUGAAACUUCACCAAAUUAUGAAUCUAUGAAAGCUCUUAAGCAUGUGAUUGAUACAGCAGCACCUUUUGAAUCUGUGAAAGAUGCUGUGUCAAAAUUUGGAGGAAUAGUGGAUUGGAAAACCCGUAGAACUCAGAGUCUUGAGAGUAGCAAGCUUGAAGGACAUGAAUUUGGAAAACAAAACACAGCUGAGGAAUUGGAAAGCACAAAAAAACUGAUAGAAGAACUCAGACUGAACUUAGAAAGUGUAGAAAGAGAUGAGGUUGAGGUAAAAGAAGAAGCGGAACUCGUGAUUCGCAAAAUCGAGGAGUUGGAGCAAGACAUUGCAGAUGAAGCCAGUUUUGAAGCCAAAGCACAGCUUGAGGUUGAAAAAUCUAUGCAUAGUGAAGCGGUUUCGGAAUUGGAAAAUCUGAAGAAGGAAUUGGAGUCAAUGAGGAAAGAGUAUGAUUCUAUGGUGAAUGGAAGAGAUGGAGCUAUCAACAAUGCUGAAGAAGCUAUUGCAGCAUCAAAAGAGAUUGAAAAAGCAGUGGAAGAUUUGACAGCUGAGUUAAUUGCAACAAAGGAGUCAUUGAAAUCGACUCGAACCGAGCAUUUGGAAGCCGAGGAACAAAGAUCAGGUGUCAUUGAUGAAGAAACUCAGAACUGGAAGCUCGAACUCGAACGAUCCGAAGAGGAGCUAGAGUUACUUAACCAACAAGUUUUAUCAGCUAGAGUUCUUAAAUCCAAAUUGGAAGCAUCUUCCUCUUUGUUGCUUGAUUUGAAAGCUGAAUUAGCAGCAUACAUGGAAUCAAAACUUGAGGAUGAAAACAAUAGAGAAACAAAGAAAGAACUUGAGGAAGUGAAGAUUAACAUUGAGAAAGCAACUGCUGAGGUUAACACCUUGAAAGAAGCUUCAUUGUUGCUUCAAUCAGAACUUGAAGAAGAGAAAUUGAUUCUCAAUGAACUUAAGGAAAGUGAACAAAAAGCUUCUUCUAAACUCAUAAAUCUUCAAAUUGAACUAGAGAAGUCAAAAUCAGCAAUAGCUUUUCUUCAAAUGCAAGAAACUGAAGCAAGAGAGGUUAUGGCUCAGCUACCUAAGAAACUUCAAGCAGCAGCACAAGAAGCUGAUGAAGCCAAAUCACUAGCUCAAGCUGCUCAAGCUGAACUUGUUGAAGCACAAGAAGAAGCUGAACAAGCCAAAGCAAGAGCUGCAACAUUGGAAACUAGAUUACUAGCAACACAAAAGGAAAUAGGAGCUGCUCAAGUUUCUGAAAAGUUAGCUAAAGAUUCCAUCAAAGCAUUGGAGAGAAGUGAAUCAACUAGAGGAGGAAACAACAAUGAUGUUGUAGAUUCUUUUUCAUUGGUUACACUUACACUUGAUGAGUAUCAUGAGCUGAGUAAGAGAACACAAAAAGCUGAAGAACAAGCUAAUCUAAGAAUUGCAGCUGCUAACACUCAAAUUGAGAUAGCAAAGGAAUCUGAACUGAGAAGCUUGGAGAAGUUGGAAGAGUUGAAUGAAGAGCUUUGUGUGAGAAGGGAAUCAUUGAAGAUUGCUACUCAGAAUGCUGAGAAAGCUUCUGAAGGAAAAUCAGCUGUUGAACAUGAGUUGAGAACAUGGAAAGCUGAACAAGAGGAAGAAAGGAAAGGUAGUGAAAUUAAUAACAAUGCUGAUGCAACUAUGUCUGUUAAUGAUUCAUCAAACUCUUCAAAGGGAAAAGCUACUUCAGAUAAUAGUCAUGAAAGUGGUUCAGCUUCAGAUGGAAAGAACAAAAAGAAGAAGAAGAAAUCACUUUUUCCUUCAAAGGUUAUCAUGUUCUUUGCAAAGAGGAAAACACACCCAAGCAGCAAGUGAAUGUAACACUAAAGUCUUAUUUCUGAUGGAGUUAUUUUUAUUGUCUUCUAAAAUGUGAGAGUUUGUAUUCAAUUCUUUUGUUGCAUGAAGGAAAUAAGAUCAUUUAUUGUAUGUAUAAAGGCUAUAGCCCUAUAGCUAAUUAAGAUGCUAUAUUGUUCAAUAUUUCAGCUUCCAUCACCAAAUUUUCAUCAUUCUAUUCAUUAAUGAAAAAGGCACAUAUGACUCUACUUUUA